GCUUGACUAGGUUAGUUAGUGUUCCAUCAAAAAUGGUUGGAAUUUUGAAAUUUCGAUUGAAUUUAAUUUUGUUUGUUAUGUAACAAGAUUGUCAAUUGAAUUCGUACUUUUAAACAAAAAUAUUCUUAAAUAUGUCUGGCGAAUUGUGGCAUCGUGAUCCAAAAAUAUUGUAUCCAACAGUUUGGCGAGAAUUCGAACGACAAUCGAAAAUAAAUAAAGAUGUUAUACAUAAAUUUCAAAUUCGAGAUGCCACUACAGAUGAUAUUCCACAAAUUUUACAACAUAUGCGUGAAAAUUUUCUAGUCGAUGAACCUUUGUGUAAAAUCCUUAAUGCUACCAAAAAUGCAGAAAUUUUAGAAGCAUUUGAUAGUUUUUGGAUAUCGAAAAUUAAAGAAAAAACUGCUUUAGUUUGUACAUUAGAUUGCAAUCCAAAAUUAGUUGUUGGAGUGAAUAUUACUUUUGUAUCGACUGUAAAUUCAACAGUUCCCAGAUUUGAAUGCGAAGUUUUACAACAUUUUACCGAUGUUUUCUCCUACAUGGAUAAAACUGCAAAUAUAUUUGAAAUAUUCCAAACUGAUAAAAUUUUAAUUGCUGCUGGAUUAUCAGUAGAUAAAAAUUUUCGUGGAUAUGGCAUUGGUGUAGAAAUUUUACUGGCUAGAAAAGCUUUAUGUAAAGCUUUAAAUAUUUGUGUAACAACUACAGUAUUUACAAGUGUAGCUGGACAAAUUGUGGCAAAACGCGCUGGUUUUGAUCUUUUAUUUGAAAAACAAUUAUCUGAAAUUCGACAAUGUAUUCCAGGGCUUGAUUUACCAAAUGAUAUUAGUCAUUCAAUUGUUAUACAAUUAAUGUUUUUAAAAAUUUUGUAA